UCCUCCCACCCGGCGCUGGGAUCAAGCCAGGCGGGGAAUGCGCAAGCUCGGCCCGGCGAGAACGGACGCCCCGAGUCCCUCGGCAUCAUGGCGCUUUGGCGGCCGGAGCUGCUGCCGCUGCUCCUUCUCCUUCUCCUGCUCCGCUACCGAGUCCUGGCGAUCGAUCUGAUCUCUAAAAAUAUCAAUCCGGUGGUGGAAGAAUUUCGACAGGCCGAACUGUCCUGCAUUAUCACGGCCACCAAAACAGCAAAUCCUCGAAUUGAAUGGAAGAAAAUCGGCAGCCAAGGCACAACCUACGUCUAUUUUGACGGCAAGGUGCAAGGAGAAUGGGCGAACCGGGCCCAGCUCAGCAGCAGGUCGUCCUUGACCAUUUACAAUGUCACCCGAGCUGAUAAGGGGAUCUACCGGUGUGAGGUCGUAGCUCCUGACGAUGCCAAUCUCGGCGCAGAAAUCAACGUUAACCUGACAGUUCAUGUGAAACCGGUGGCCCCCAAAUGUCGGGUACCCCCUUCUGUCCCCGUGGGGAAACCAGCCACCCUCUAUUGCCAAGAAAAAGAGGGAUUUCCAGAGCCAACCUACAGCUGGUACCGUAAUGAUGAAACGCUGCCCCUGGAUUCCAAAGCCAGCACUAAGUUCCAGAACUCGUCUUUUACUGUGAACCCCAAAACUGGGAUGUUGGCCUUCGAAGAAGUCCACAAAGGAGACACGGGUCGCUACAGCUGUAGAGCCAUGAACGUCGUUGGAGAAGCCUGGUGCGAAGGGAUAGAAAUGGAAGUUUACGACCUUAAUAUUGUUGGGAUCGUGAUCGGAGUAUUGGUGGUGCUGGCCGUUCUGACCUUGACUACAGUGGGGAUCUGCUGUGCCUACAGGAACGGUUUCUUUGUCCAAAACAAACAAAAUGGAAACAGCUACAAGACUCCAACGAAGCCAGAUGGCGUGAACUAUAUUCACACAGAUGAGGAGGGUGACUUUAGACACAAGUCCUCCUUCGUGAUAUGAACCAGCAGAGACACUUGGAUUUUGGCCCGGCGGCGAGAGCAGAGGGCAGCAAAACCUUCC